AUGAACAGCAGGGCGAGACCACGCCACAGCGCAGUUGGUGAGCCUAUACAGCGGCGCAGAAUCCCGAGACACUUUCCGGCUGUGAGGCAAGUACUAUUUGGACCACAGCUCAUCAAGGAGCAUCACCUUGUCCAACACUUAAACCUCGAGGAAGUUCUUAAUCAGCAAGCGCUGCCGAAGCCUGUUACUGGGCCCCGAAAUCAAGAUCAGCCCGCUGAACGAAAAAGGGACUUGGGACUGUCUUCCUGCAGGUUCCAAAGACAUCCCCGUGUUGGGGAUCGGAUAGAGGGGGACUCUCGUGGCUUACAUGCAUUUAGCCUUGAUGAUGUUCGCCCAUUGGAACUUUACUCAAAUGUUAUCAGCCUAUGUUAUGUUAGGUCUUACUGCAUGUGUUCUAGAUUAUAUUUAAAUAUUGUCAUUAAGUGCACAUACCAUGCCAGUUUCAAUAUAUACCUGGCUUGUUAG